GCCUUCCACUCAGAACAAAGCCACGAGAGAGAGAGAACGAGAGAGAGGAGGGGAGAAAUGUCUCGCUGACUCUGUCGCCCGGACGACCAGCGGCGACGAGAGGAGAGCGGCGAGAAACGCCAGUGCAAAACAAAGGGAAAGCCAAAUAUUUUUACUGUAGGAGUUUUAGUGUUGGUGGCUAUGCUUGAAUGACUCAUGAGUAUAAGCGUCACCUUUCAGGAGAAGCAGGAGGGGAUGAUACCCCAAAGCGCACAUUGCGUGUGGACCCAGAAGGCCUGAACGGACCCCCCUUGAGACCCUGAGUGCCCCCCACCCCCUCCCAUCAGCCUCAUCCAACAAGGAUGGCCGCGGACGACGAGGAGCUGCUGUUUCACACAACCCGGGGAGAAGAGGAGGAAGAAGAGCAGGUGGAGGUGGCGACGGUUGGAGGUUUGAGGCAUGCGGUGGUAGGCGGACCGUGGAGGGUUGUGGCCUGGGUCUACACGCGGUCCUGGGCCAGCGGGGCCGUCCUCGGGGGCUUUAUCAUCCUGCCCUGCACCUUGUUUGCCUUCAUGCUCCUCUACUGCCCGCCUCUGGACAUCGACCUCUCCUACGGUGCCUUCGAAGUGCACAGUCACUUCUCUGCCGAGCGUUUCGACGCCCUCACCGUUGCGUUGAAGACCCAGCUGGGCUCCUGGGACAGACGCAAGAGGGACUCGGAUGGCGGCGAGGCCGAGGCUCUGGGGGAGCUACCGAUGGAGAAGCCGGUCAACAACGGGACACUCGACGACGCCCCCGAGACAGCCGCAGGCCAUCAAGCGUCAGCCCUCCGCGGACGGCGCUCGACCCCCAACUACUACCUCCAGAGUCAGGCCUUGUGGAGGAUCGAGCUGGUGUUCGUGGCUCAGGGCGAGGGCGACGGCAACAUCUUCACUCCCGAGCGCCUGCGCACCAUCCACAAGGUGGAGCGUCUCCUCAUGCAACACCCGCACUUCCCUCAGUUUUGCUGGAAGCCCAUGGAGGUGCUGAGGGACCUCCCGCUGGGGCCCUCGUACUGCUCCCCGCCCAGCUCGCUCCUGUCGUACCUCUACCCCAGCGAGCGAGGUGGGAAGAUCUACUACGACGGCAUGGGUCCAGAUCUGGCCGACAUACAAGGUUCGUUGAGUCUGGCCAUCACCCACCCUCAGUUCUACUGGUACGUGGAUGAGAGUCUCUCCCCCGAUCACCUCUCCUCCUCCCUCCUGCGAAGCGAAAUCCACUUCGGCGCCCCUCUCCCGUCCUACUACUCCGUGCAGGACCGAGCGGAUGAGCAGAGGAGCCACUUCAAGGACUUUGCGGUUCAGUAUGCCGAAAUCCUGGCCAAGCAAUCCACCAGCCAGGUGAAGGUUCUCUAUGGGGGAACGGAGCUGUUUGACCAUGAAGUGAGGCACACCUUCAGGAAUGAUAUGAUGCUGGCAGUCAUCAGUGGAGUCUGCAUUACCGUGCUGGUCUACGUCCUGACCUCUUUCUCUGCUUUUCUGACGUUCUUCGGGUUGGCCAGCAUCGGUGUGAGUUGCCUGAUGGCUCUUUUCUUGUACCACGUGGUGUUCGGCGUCAGGUACCUCGGGAUUCUCAACGGAGUGGCCGCCUUCGUCAUCAUCGGAAUCGGGGUGGAUGAUGUGUUUGUGUUCAUCAACACCUUCAGACAGGCGGCCCAUCUCGGCCAUCCGCGGCGGCGUAUGGUCUACACCGUCAAGACGGCCGGCCGAGCCACUUUCUUCACCUCCUUCACCACGGCGGCCGCCUACGCCGCCAACGCCUUCUCCAAGAUCCCAGCGGUGCGCGACUUUGGCCUGUUCAUGGCCCUCAUUGUCAGCUGCUGCUGGCUUUGGGUUUGCAUCCUGAUGCCGGCCGCCUUGUGUAUCUGGACGCGGAGCGUGGAGCCGCACGAGAACGACGGGUCCCGCUGCUGCAAGUCGUUUGGGGGCUUGUCAUCGAGCCACGGCCCUCUGUCGGACGAGGAUGACGACGUGGCCCUGCUGUCGGUGGAAACGGAGCCAGAUCUUCAAGAGGCAGACGGCGACGCGGGCAUUCUUUCCCUGUCGGUGGAGGCACCGCUGAACCCCGCAGGGCAUCGGCACCAAGGUGUGGUCAGCGCAAAACUGCAGCGGGCCCUGCAGCAUUUCGUGGUCCAGCCAGCUGUGGAAAGGAGGAAAACUAUUCUAGGCGUCUUCCUCGUGCUCUUGCUGGUGUCUGCGGGCUGUUGCUGCCUGCUGAGGCCAGCCUCCCGCGCCCCCUUACUCUUCCGCCAGGACACCAACCUCCAGACUCUUCUGGCUCUCAGGAGCAACCUCAGCAGUCAAGGUAUCUCCUGCCCCAUGUGCUCAGGGGUGUUCAUGGAGAAGCCGCACUCGUUGUCCCGUCACGCAUCCUCAUCAACAUUCGGGAUGUCCACGCAUGAGCCGGCCAACAGCACAGCAGCCGCUUCAACGGCGCCUCCAAACGCAGCACAGCAAAAUGCGAACAGCAACCAAACAGGCUUCUUACUCACGGUCUUCAUAUCAAAGUUGGAGGCGAGAAGCUCGGCCAGCGUUUACCGCUUCUCCCUUAACGCCAGUACUCCUUCCCCAUGGACGCUGUGCGGCACAGAGCGCGAGCAGGUGUCUUCAUUUCAGGCCUUCAAUCAUCCGUGGCGCAACUACACCAAAAGAAUGACAGUGUGCGUCUCCCACGACUACUACCCGUAUCCCGGCUGGAUGAUCACGUCUGGAUCCUGUGACCGUCGCCACAGCUGGAUGCCUGAAUUUUCCUUUUAUGUGGCGGCAUCGGCGCAGCAGCACAGCAGGAAACUGCAUUUUGCCCAGCACAAACUGCGGCCUCAUGCGACCCGCGUGUGCGUCAGCCCGCCUGGCUGCGGCGUCAGCGGCACCCCCGACGGACCCGCACGGGGAACCUUUUACGCUCCUCUUCCCAGAGAUUCCGCCUCCGCGGCACCCGAGAAAGCAUCCAAGAUGUUUGGCUUCAACCCGUGCACAGGCGGCGCCUGCGGCCGGCCGGCCGUGCGUCCUCUGGUCGACACGGGCGCCAUGGUCUUCGUGGUCUUUGGCAUCUUGGGAGUUAAUCGGACGCAGCGCCGAGGCAAUCAUGUCAUUGGAGACAUGGGCAACGUCAUAUUGGAUCCCGACUUUGACAUUUUCCAGGAAAUGGGACACUUGUGCAAGAUUUGCAAAGCCGUGAGUGCAAAUAAACAACUCGUGAAGCCCGGAGGAGCGCAGUGUUUGCCUUCAGGUCACAAGUUGUCCUCCGUCCUGCCUCUGCUGCAUCCGGAAUGUCACGCUCUGCCCGAGCCCAACCUGCUCCCGGACCAGCUCUCCCACGGGGCGGUGGGAACGCACGCCGGGAAGGUCCGAUGGCUCUCGAUGGCCUUUGAGUCGACCACGUACAAGGGCAAGUCCUCCUUCCAGACUUACUCCGACUUCCUGCGGUGGGAGACCUUCAUCCAGGAGCAACUCUCGGCUCUUCCGCCUUCUUCGGCCUUAAGGCGAGGCUUUCAGACCUGUGAGCACUGGAAGCAGAUCUUCAUGGAGAUCAUAGGUGUUGAGAGCGCCCUCUGGAGUCUGCUGCUGUCCCUGCUUAUCUGCGUGGCUGCCGUCUCGGUUUUUACCGCUCAUCUUUUCCUACUGCUUCCAGUCCUCGUCACCAUCCUGGGAGUGAUCUGCGUGGUGGGCGCGGCCAUGUACUGGUUGGGCUGGGAGUUGGGAGCGGUGGAGGCCAUUUCUCUGUCCAUCCUGGUGGGAUCCUCAGUGGAUUACUGUCUGCACCUGGUGGAAGGGUACAUGCUGGCCGGGGAGACGGCACCUCUGGCUGCGGGACUCGGCUGCGAGGCUGCGGCUCGGAGGCAGAGACGCAGCGUGGAGGCAGUCAACCAUGUGGGUGUUGCCAUAGUGUCCAGCGCUGUUACCACGGUGAUCUCCACGCUCCCCCUCUUCUUCUGUGUCAUCGUGCCUUUCGCUAAGUUCGGCCAGAUCGUGGCCAUUAACACCGCCGUCUCCAUUUUGUUCACCCUGACCGUGACCGUGGCCACGCUGGCCAGCGCGGCGCCUGCCGACUUCAGCCGGACGCCCGGCGGCGUGCUGAAAGCCGCCGCCGCUGCGCUGGCGCUGGCGAGCGCCGGCGGGGCCCUGUGGUGGGCGUUGGGCCGCGCGGGGUUGCCGGCGGCCUGGCUGGCUGACGGCGUGCAAACGUGAUGAUGUCAUCGAGGAAUGAGUCUCAGAGAGAAGCACUGCUCAAGUACCGAUGAGUCGGAUUUAAUUUUCAGAUUUAAUCUUUACUUGUUCAUUCACAUACUGUACAUGUUUGAUUGAACUUUUAUGUGCCAUACAUUUUAAUGACUCAUUUAGUUUUCUUUUUUGUCGUUAUUGAAGUCAGUGUUUGUUUUCUAAAUGCUUUAUGUGACUAUGGCUUUUCAUAAUGUUAAAUGUACUUUUUCGGGAUGAAAUCCUUGCCUUGUUUUUGACAAACACUUAGACCUACUAGGCUACUGUAUUUUAUGAUGUUGGUACCUGGAGAGCAGUUAUGUCUUUAUUUUUAAGUGCUACUUUGUAUCAAAAGUUUGAGAACCACUGUCACAGAGGACUUCUCCUCAUACGAACACUCGUUUGCACUCACGGUGAAUGUUCAAGAUGUCAGAUUUAAGUACAGCCCCUGCCCCAAAAAAAAGCUCAUUUGUGGAACAAUAUCAAUAUUUUUUUUUCGAUCAACUUUUCCUUCGCCAGUUUCUACCAAAUGUUAUGGAAGAGGAACCCAUUGUAGUUGUUGGUGCAAAUCCAGAAAAGGGAGACAUGUUUCUGUUCUGUUUGGCAAUGUAAGGGUUGUCAUGGCAACAAAAGAUUCAUUUCUCCUCGUUAUGAACGGACCUGUUAUUUUGGAUUGGUUACGCUGCUUUAUCAGAUGUUGCAAUCUUUUUUUGUUAAAUUACAUAAUUGGAACAAUAACUUGUCGCUGUAUUUCGUUGCUGGACAUUAAAUGUCAUUCAAUUAAAAAUUGAAUUCAAGUUAAUGUAAUUGGAACCUUAUACCACUGAAAGUCAUUGCACCAUACAUUGAAAUUCAAAUGGCAGCAGGCCAUUGCAAUGAAUUACAUCAUUCAUUUAAUGAAAAUAGGAGCACCAUUCACUGCAGCUCUUUGCACCGUAAAUUUGAUGUUUUAAUUUCUACAGGAGCUUACCGUACCUUACGUCAGUGCAGCUCAAUGCAUCCAUUAUUAGAUCAGAUGACAUUAACUUGUAUGGAUGUAAUAUAUGUAGAAUACAGUUUGGAAUGUUAUCUUUUUUUUCCCUGCUAUUUAUUAAAGCUUUUGAUCGUAUUUAUAAGUGAAUUAGAAGUCUUUUGUGCAUGAAAUGGAUCAUCAAUAACCACAUUGGCCUCUGUGCGAUGUCUUCAAAUGUCCAUAAGAUGAUGCUGGCAUGGUGUGUCUUCUGCCAUCUUUGUGUUUACUCUGAACUGAAUGUGGCUUCUCGCAACAUGUCGUGGUCAUGAUGUCCUUUCGCUUUACUGGAUUAAAAUUAUGCCCACGAGACGCCCCUCCCAGAAAAGUUCAUAAGUGCGGUUGAAAUGUUUUCGUCUCCUGCUGUCACAUCUUUCGAGAUUUUCUCACACAUGGGGGCAGGGGGAUUGCAUGUGCCCCUUUCCAGACCCUUCUCUUCACACUUGUAUCAUUUAUUUGUUUAAAAACGUUCAUUUUUGUGUGUUGUUAUGUAACACUGCCGAAAAAGGGUGGUGCUGGAUGGCCUCUGCUUUUUUUUGGAUGACAUCACUGGAUGGAGCCUGGUGACAAAUAAGACUUGUCAUUUAUGAUUUUAUAUUUGUAAUAGAAACUUUUCUACCAUCUUCAAAAUAAUGGGACGCCCUCGUAAAACAGUAAUCCAAUUUAAAUGCAGAAGAGAGCGCUUUGAGCACCAGCAUGUGAUUCAACAUAGCCCAAAGGCUACACAUGAGAUGGCGGCAGUUCUCGGGCUUAUGGUAUGGAUUCACCGUUUACAUUAUUUACGAAACGACUACAAUAAAUAGGCAGGCUCAUUUGGUUCUUGAGAAAUACUUCAUUGGAGCAAGAAAAAAAAGAGAAGACAUUUUUUUUUUCACCUGGAAAAUUGUAAAAACACGGACACAUAAGUCAUAUCUUUAUUACCCCACGUCACAGGGCACACACAAUGUUCAAGUAUGCCUGAGGAACUAAAAUGGAGCAACUGGUGGGGGUGUGGGGGGGUGGGAAACAAUUUUGAAGAGAGAUAAAAUUCAUUUUUUAAAAUAAGUGAACCGGCAUUGCAUUUCACAAAAAUCCAUAGACGCUCAAUGAUUUUGGAACAAUUCAAUGUAAAGUGCUCGCUAGUUUGAGUUGACAAAAACAAAAAAAAAAAAGCACCUGUUCCCUUGGAAAGAUCG